AUCCAAGAGACUCGUGCAAUAUCAACAUCCACAAGAUCCUAAUCGCCGAGCGAGAUGGAUAACAGCUGUGAAGCGUGUAGGCUACAAUAUCCAAGAUGGGCAUCGCGUCUGCAGCGACCACUUUAUAAAAGAGAAAUGUGAUGACCCACUAUCGCCAGAUUAUGUGCCUUCCAUAUUCCAAUAUGUGUCAUCACCAGUUAAGAGGAAACGGGCGCAGGCGAUGGAAGGUUAUGCACGCAGAAUGGUAGCAAAGAAAAACAAAUGUGAAGGUAGGGAGAGGACAGCCGCUGCCCAAACCCUUUUACUACUAUCCACAUAUGACUCUGACAAGGACACAGACUCUGCGCCAGAGCUGGAUGAUGAGUUAGAGACACAGCUAGACACACAGCCUGCACCAAAUCCCAGCACAAACUGUGUGUCUACUCAAACAGACAUUGACAUGGAAUACAUGGAUGAACUGGAUCGAGAGUGUCAAGCUCUUCGUUCCGAGAAUUUAAAAAUCAAGGAGGAUAUUGCCAGACUGUCACUACAGGAGGACACAUUCAGGGCCAAUGAGGGCAAGGUUAAAUUGCUGACUGGUCUGCCAAACUACCAAUGUUUGUUGACUAUGCUCACACUUAUUGGCAGUCAUCUAGGAAAUGUAAAUAUUCUUAGUCCAUUCCAACAACUCCUGAUGACCAUGAUGCGACUCAGAUUUAACCUACACACACAAUUUUUGGCUUUCAUUCUAGGCGUCAGCACUUCCACCAUAUCAAGAACAUUCAACAAUGUAAUUAAUGCACUAUAUGUCAAACUAGUUCCCCUCAUGAUUGUGUGGCCUGAUCGCGAAGAAUUGAGGAAAACACUACCAACUUCUUUCCGUGUCACAUUCCCAAAAUGUACAUCAGUGAUUGACUGUUUUGAAAUUUUUGUUGAGAGAGCAUCUAGUCUACAGGCCAGGGCUCAAACCUACUCUAAUUACAAACACCACAACACUGUUAAAUGUUUCAUCAGCAUCACCCCACAGGGGACCAUUUCAUUCAUUUCCAGAGGUUAUGGUGGUAGAGCAAGUGACAAAUACAUCACAGAACACUCAGGAUACCUUGCCAAAUUGAAUCCAGGAGAUGUAGUUCUGGCAGACCGGGGGUUUGAUCUGAAAGAUACAUUUGCAUUGUAUGGGGCCAAAUUGGUAAUUCCCAUUUUUACAAAAGGAAAAACACAGCUAUCAUCUGAAGACAUUGAGAAAUCAAGAAACAUAUCAAAAGUUCGAAUACAUGUUGAGAGAGUAAUUGGCUUGACCAGACAAAAAUAUACCAUCCUUGAAACUAUCAUUCCAAUCACAUUGUUACAGACAGACACUGUAUAUAAUGUUACUUCGCUUGAUAAAAUUGUUCAUGUAUCUUGUGCCUUAGUUAAUAUGUGCAGGAGCGACGGAGACAAAACUGCUGGAACGCGUGGCUUGAGCGAAGCAGCGGAGCGUAGCGUGGCAUGGCAGCGGCAACCCCAACCUAAAUCCCAAAAGCAAGUGAGCAAACGAUCGAGCGAGCUUCCGGAUGACGUCAGCCAGCACCUUUUAUAG